UAACUUCUGAAAAGAGAAACAGCAAUACAUGAUUUUACCGAUGGGUAAACGAACAGCCACGGAGACUACUGGCGGAAAAUUUCAAGAAGCUGGUACAGCGCAAGCCCCGACGUCUCCUUCGAGGGGGAAAGAGCAGCGGGGACUCGGGAAAAGGCCACUAAAAACGAGGCUUGUAAAGGUCUGGAGUCAAUAGGAAUGACACAAUUGGAAUUCAGAAUCCACAAAUACCAAGGGCAAUAGCGUUUUGACCAAGGUUUCAAGUCAGUGGGGUUAGUCUUCUCAACAAACGAUGCUGGGAUAAUGAUCUAGUGCAGAAAAUAAGACGCUUAACUCUAGCCAUAUAUAAAAAUAAAAAUAGGGGUUGGCGGAGAUCGUUGGGGUCAUGGCCACCCGCUGACGGGGCCCCCCGCCGGCUGAAGAAGGGGGCGAGGCUGUUCCGCCGCACCUCCCCGGGCCUGAGGCCGGUCGGCCUGGCCCCUGGCCUUCCCUCUUUGUGCUGCCAUGGCACUGCCGGUUGAGGCGGGGAGAUGAGUUGGUUCAACGCCUCCCAGCUCUCCAGCUUCAUGAAGCAGGCCCUGUCCCAGGCCCAGAAGUCCAUCAACAGGGUCCUGGACAUCCAGGAAGAGGAGCCGAGUGCCUGGACCGAGACCAUUCCGAUAAGUCCUCCUGUCAGCGGAGGAUGGGAUACAUCGACCUGGGGGUUAAAGUCCAUCACUGAACCUCAGAGUCAACCAGUAGCCUCUCCAAAAGCAAUUACAAAGCCAGUUGGGAGAACUGUGGUAGAUGAAUCUGAAAAUUUCUUCAGUGCCUUUCUGUCUCCAGCAGAUGUUCAGACCAUUCAGACGAAUCCAGUGGUAUCAAAACCACCAGCAAAAUCACAACGGCCAGAAGAAGAAGUGAGAAACACCUUACAGGAAUCAUUGCACACUGGGCAGUCAAGAACAAGCGAAACAACGGAGUCAAAAGUAAAAGACCCUUCUCCAUGUGUGUCCGGGGAAGGUCUGGCAUUAGAUAGUCUGUCACCUAAAACUGAAGGCAGGCAUGAAGAAACUGUUAAUAAAGAAUCUGAUACGCAGGUGUCAGUCAUGCCUCUGAAAGUAUCUGAAAGUGCAAUUAAUGUGAAAACAACCAGGGAAAACAUAUCUAAUAUGUCUACAUCUAAUAUGUCUACACAGUCUCUCACAACAGAAACAAAGGACAUGGCUUUGGAACCUAAGGAGCAAAAACAUGAAGACAGACAGAGUAAUACACCUUCUCUUCUUGUUAGCACCUUCUCAUCAGGUACUUCUACCACCAGUGAUAUUGAAGUUUUAGAUCAUGAGAGCGUAAUAAGCGAGAGCUCAGCAAGUUCAAGACAAGAGAUGACAGAUUCAAAAUCAAGUCUUCACUUGAUGCAAACAUCUUUUCAGCCUCUCUCAGCAUCUGCUUGUCCUGAGUAUAAUUGUUUAGAUGAUUUCCAAAAACUCACUGAGCUGUUGCUCAUCUUGAAAGAUGCUUUUGAAAGAAUGGACUCCUUUAGUGUACAGUCAUUAGAUAGCCGUAGUGUAAGUGAAAUCAAUUCAGUUGAUGAAUUGUCAAGCAAAGGAUAUGCUUUAGUACCUAUUGUAGUUAACCCUUCAACUCCAAAGACUAAAAUAGUUGAAUCUGUUGAAGGAAAAUCUGAAGAAGCAAAUAAAACAUUAAUUAUACUGACUGAAGAACAAAUGGAAGAAAGUAGACGAAGUGCAACUCCUGUUAACUGUGAACAGCCUGAUACCUUGGUUUCUUCACCAAUAAAUGAAGGACAUACUGUCUUAAAGACCGAGCAGUGUGAAGGUGCUGAAAGUCAGCCAGAGGCACUUUCUGAGAAGGAAGAUGUUUGCAAGAAAGUUGAAUUUCUGAAUGAGAAACUGGAUAAAAGGGAGGCUCAGUUAUUAUCUCUUAGUAAAGAAAAAGCACUUCUAGAAGAAGCCUAUGAUAAUCUGAAAGAUGAAAUGUUCAGAGUGAAAGAAGAAAGUAUCAGCAUUUCUUCUUUGAAAGAUGAGUUUACUCAAAGGAUUGCAGAAGCAGAAAAGAAAGUUCAGCUAGCCUGCAAAGAGAGAGAUGCUGCUAAAAAGGAUAAAAGUAUAAAAGAAGAACUUGCCACUAGAUUAAACAGUAGUGAAACUGGAGACCUUUUGAAAGAGAAAGAUGAACAGAUCCUAGGAUUGAUGGAAGAAGGAGAAAAACUUUCAAAACAGCAACUGCAUAAUUCUAACAUCAUUAAGAAAUUAAGAGCUAAAGACAAAGAGAAUGAAAAUAUUAUUAUGAAGCUGAACAAAAAAGUAAAAGAUCUAGAAGAAGAAUUGCAGCAUUUAAAACAGGCCCCCAAUGGCAAAGAAGAGGUUGAGAAACAACAUAGAGAAAAUAUUAAAAAAUUAAAUUCUGUGGUUGAACGCCAAGAGAAGGAUCUUGGCCAACUUCAAGCAGACAUGGAUGAACUUGAAGAAAAGAGUGAGGCACAGGAGGCUGCCCUGAGUCGUGAAAUGAAGGCUAAGGAAGAGCUGGCUGCCACCCCAGAGAAGGCCCAAGAGGCCGCCUGUCAGCAGCAAGAAAUGUUAGCAAUUCAAGUGGGGGAC